GACAACACACCCCCCACCCGCGCACAUCACGGCCGGGCGCGACUCACGACUGACUACUAACUACUAAUCGGCACAGGGACAGGGAACCGACGACCACGGCGCCGCUGCGACAGGGAACAGCUGCCAGCAGAUUUGCGUCUGGCAACGAACGGUGUGCACCGUCAACAACACGCCGAUUCACCGCUGCAACCGUCAACAGCCCAGCCGCACCGCACCUGGAGGCCUCGACGACCCCGCCAGCUCUCCCACGCCACGCCUCUCGCUGCCGCUGCGCGAAGGACCGCACUACCACCACGACCGCGCUGGCAGUUUUCCGGACCCGCCCAUUGCGCCAGCCCGCCCAGCCAUCGCGGCGCGCCCUCCCCUGAGACUGCACUGCGACCGCCGCCGCACGUGUGCCUGCCACCAUGGUGGGCGCAGAGAUGCCGGCGUCCCCUCCGCCGCGCAGCAACGGCUUCGCCAGCCUGCAGGAGGAGCUGAACUACUACCGGACCGCCUACGAGACGCUCGACGCCGAGCUGCAGGAGUUCCAGUCGUCGAGCAAGGAGCUUGAGGCCGAGCUCGAGCGCGAUGUCGAGGAGAGCGAGAAGCGCGAGCGCAAGCUGCAGGAGAAGGUUGAGCGACUGGGCUUCGAGGCUGAGGAGUGGAAGACCAAGUACAAGCAGAGCAAGACGGAAGCGAACAACGCGCAGAACACACUGCAGAAGGAGAUCACGGUCCUGCGAGAUGCGCAGCGCACCCUGCAGCUCAAGCUGCGCGACAUGGAAGUCCAGAACGACGACUUCGAGCGCCAGACGCGCAACCAGACGUCGUCGCUGGAGGACGUCGAGACCAAGUACAACGUGGCGAUUGAGCGCGAAGUCAUGUUGGAAGAGGAGAUCAAGAUCGGCGAGCGCGAGCGCGAGGGGCUGCGCAUCGAGACGCAGCGCCUGCGCGACGAGCUGGCGGACUUGAAGAUCGAGUCAGACAUCACCCACGAGAAGCUGCGCCUGGCCGAGGCCAACAUCGAGAAGCACCACCAGCGCGCCGUUUCCAACCACCUGGCCAAGGAGUCGCACUCGUUGCGACCGCGCUCGCCCGUGUCGGAGGCCUCAACCACCAAUACGAACAUGUCGUCGCCGACCGCCGCCUCUACGCCGCCGUACAUGCAGUCCGACACGCUGCGCCCAGACUCGACGCCGCCCUCCCCGCCACUGUCCGAUGCGCCCCUCGCGAUACGGCCCAUUCCGUUCAACCCGCCUUUCCCCACGCGGAAGGCCUCGAUCGCAUCGCGCGACCCAGCUGCCACCCCCAGAGCAGGCAUAUUCGCCCGCCCGCGACACACACGGCUGCCAAGUGUCUCGGGCAUUCCUGGUGCAGCUGCAGGCGCUGGUGUACGGCGCACGCCAUCGAUCAUGCGACCGCCCAGCGCCCACCAGAACCAUGCACCACGGCCGUCUCGGCCCAGCAUUGAAAAUGGUCCGUCGGCAGCCGGCCUGCCAAGGUCUGGCUCCCUCUACCAGAUCCGAGGGCUGAUCGGCAAGAUGCAGAAGCUGGAGGAGCGAGUGCACUCGGCACGCUCAAAGCUGCCCGCGCCGAUGGCCACGCCCCCACGAGCGAGUCCGCGAGGCCCGAGCGCAGCCGGCAACUACCUCCCCACUUCAGUCUCGGUCAGAAAGCGUGCGUCUCAAGCCUCGACCUCAGUAUCUUCCGUUGGAGAAGGCGCGAACGGUGGUGGUGUGAGCCGGCUCUCAUUCGGCGUGCCGUCGAACACAAGCAACAGUCGACCCAGCAGCCGGGCCUCGAUGUCAUCCACACCUCAGCUAGCCAGAUCGACAAGCAGACCCAGUCCCAUCACCAGAAGCAGUACUACACGCACCCCCGGCACGCGAACACCUGGAGUACGCACUCCAGGCACUCGUACGCCCAACUCACGAAAUCCGCUAGGUCAUUACUCGUCAGCGUCGAUGGGUGGGCGAAUAGGAAAGGCCCCUCCUCCGAUUCUGCACCUUCACGAAGGUCGUCAGUUUGGCCGUACAUCUCUGAAUCGGCAUCCGAGUGACCAGGGCCAUACCCAGAACCUGUCCCGCAGCGACACAGGCAGCGAUGACGAAAGCGAAAUCAAGACGCCGAUUGGACGACGUUCAACAAUGGAGAGGACCGGCAUCCCAACGCCUGGGAGUGGCAGUGCUCUGCCACGAAGAACAAGCGUGAGCAGGAGGAUCAGCGCGAGCAUGGAUGGCGGCAUGGGGCCACCGGCGCGUCCCCGCAAGAUGUCGACGUAUGAGGAGGAGACGUACUAGGCUUGCGUGCUUUGCCAGUAUUUGAUUGGAGGCGUUCGAAGAUUAGGGCUAGCAUGGAUUUGGCGUUGGAGCAUUAGGCGCAACGCAGGUACCAGAUCCAACGGGCAGCCCUUGUGCAUAGAAUUAGCAGGGAGAGUGCUGGGAAGAGCAGGCCAUGUGCUGAACCAUGGCGGUACAUGUCAUCUAGAUACCAAUACAUCCCCUUUGUCAACACCAC